UUUCUCUAUUUCUGAUCCUCAAGAAGAAGAAAAAAAGAAGAGGAUUUUUGUUGGGCGAAAGCAUCUAGGGUUAGGACUAGGGUUUAGAUCUAUAUUUUGAUGAGAUUCACAAGGCGAGUGGAGAAUUUGGGUUCUGAUUGGUUUAGUUAGUAUUCUGAUUCAAAGAUCUAACGGUUUGUAAAUUUGUCGAAAUGAGUCGUCCGCAGGAACCACACCAGCCUUUCUUCCAUUUUGGAAAUCCUUUCCGUAAGUCAUCAGCCAAGGGUUCUCAUUUGUCUCGAAAGCUUCAUUCACAACUAAACACUUUCGAGGAAACCUUGGCAGAGAGACUGAGAAAGCUUAACCCAAAAGACAAAAAUGACAUCCUUAGCUUGUCGUGGAUGAAGUCAGCAAUGGAGUCACUUUGCAACACUCAUAACGACAUAAAAGCUCUCAUAACUGAUCUUGAGCUCCCUGUGAGUGAUUGGGAUGAGAAAUGGAUAGAUGUGUACUUGGACAUCAGUGUGAAUUUGCUUGAUAUAUGCAUUGCUUUUAGCUCUGAGCUCUCACGAUUAAACCAGGGCAAUCUCUUGCUUCAGUGUGUACUCCACAAUUUGGAGUCCCCAUCUUCAAAGGUGUUUAUCCGAGCCCGUUCUUCACUUGAUAGCUGGAGACAGCAUAUUAGUUCAAAGAAUCCUAGAGUUGAGAACUGUUGCACCAUUCUAGGCAAGCUUGUGGCAUCACUGGAUCUUCCUAAGGUUAAGAACUCAGCCAAAGGGAAGGUUUUGAUGUGUGCUAUGUAUGGGGUUAAGGUGCAGACUGUAUUUAUCUGUAGUGUUUUUGCUGCAGCCUUCUCUGGUUCUGCAAGCAAGUUGUUUGAUUUGCCUGUUGCUGAAAAAUAUAAGUGGGCACAUGAUUUUACUUGUCUUCAGAGUAGCAUUAAUGGGGAAAUUAGAAAUUCCAGUGGAUUUACAGUUUUGAAAGAGCUUGAAGCAGUUGGUACAAGUGCCAAUAAAUUGUAUCCCAUGAUGCAAGAUGGUGUGGACCCAGUUGAAGUGGAAGCAUUCCAGAACUCUGUUUCAGAUUUGGGAAAGGGAGCAGAGAAACUUUUGCAAGGACUAGAUCUUCUUACAAAGGAAGUGGAUGGCUUUUUCCAAAUAGUUUUAACUGGGCGUGAUGCUUUGCUUGGUAAUCUAAGAUCGAACGGUACUGUAUCUGACUCGGUGCUCGAGGGUAAUGUAGUACAAUGAGGAGUAAAUUGAUAAUGUUCUGGCUAAAUUCUCUCCUAUAUACAGAUGGGUUUAUGUAUGGGGUUUUCUGUGAAAGUAUACCAUCUUGUUCUACUUAUUGUACUCGGUAUGGUGUUAGUUAUAAGGUAUGUUGUGUUAUUGUUCUACCGGUUUGUAUAUGUAUGUUGUACCAUGUGAUGUCAAUAUCAUAUAAAAGCUUGCAGUGUUUUCUGAAAA